AGACAGCCUUUCGUUCGACAUGGCUGCUAAAUUGGGAAAUUUGUGGUUUGCACUUCAUAUUGCAGGGCCAUUAAAAAAUAUUUGCCUAAAAUUCUCUCAAUGGCCGGAUAUAAUUAUGCGUCGAGCCGGAUGUGAUGCGCGGGCCUUGAGUUUGUCACGAUGGCGAACUUGACAGGGUGGACUAACAAAUUUUAAGUGUAAAUUCUGAGAACAACGGAAACUAACAGGAAGAUCGAGGCUUACGUAAUUGGUUACGAAUCUGGUGUAUAUGUCUUCCAUAUAUAUUAACUUCAAUAACUUGGAUGACAAAAAUAAUUGAUCUCUGCGAAUACGAAAAUGUCACUGUGUGUAAAGCUAGCUGAAAUUUGAAACUGUAAACACGUUGAAGCGGAAAUUUUUGUUUUCAUUAAUAUCUCACAAAAGGUCCUUUCAAUCAAAAGUAUAAUGGAGCCAUCUAAAAUAUAUUUAACUUUGGUCCAGAUCCUUACACUAACUUGUAUUUUAAACCAGCACACUGUCCAUUCUGAUUUAUGGGAGAGAACUAUAAAUAUUGAACAGUUUUCUCAAGACCUGGUAGUGAAACAAUUUGUGAGAAAGUUGCUGUCAAAAUUACCAGAUGUAAAGCAGUCAACAGCUGAUCGUGAAGAAUCUCAAAAGAAAACUGACUACCAAUUAUUUUUUGAAUUGUCAAUUAUUGACCACAAAAUCCUACAUGAGUUUGUGAAUGGCCAUGCCAACUUUGAUGAUGUUGUAGAUGUAUUGUCACAUAUGGUCAAAGAUAUUACACCUUUUAAUAGUACUUAUGGUGAAUCAACUUACAUUAGAGGAUAUUUUGUGGACUCAAUUGAAAUGUGUUUUUUAGUUGCUGUAGGUGUGAUAGUGGUCACCACUUUCCUGUUUAACCUGUUUACAAUGAAAAGGAUCUUCAAACUUAUAACAGUGACGUUUUUUAUCAAUAUUAUGUGGAAUUGGUUCUAUCUGUAUGAGGAGGAAAAAGCAAAAACUUAUCAUGCUUUGCAACAAGGACCUCCUAAAGGCUGUGUAAUGAUGGACAAGUCUUUUAGAACACUGCUUGCAGAAUGGUUUUCAGUUAAAAAAGAUGACUGUCUUGCAUAUCUAGUUUAUGUUGAUAUAAAUCCAUUUUUCAGAGUGCGCCCUUACGAGGCUCUAAGCAUUAGUUUGACCAAUAUUAUAUUCAGACCACUGCAGUACAUUGGACAGCAUAUUAGCACCUUCAUCCGUGAUAUAUGUGCACCUCUACCACUCUACAUGCAGCCAAUUAUAAUAUUGCUGAUGUUCUUUUCGAUGCUGGUUUCACUGAUGAUCCUAAGUGGUUACUCUUUUUCUACCUUCUUUUUCUCUAUCAGUAAAAGGAACAACAACGACAGCAACCAGGCUGUUCUCAACAAACUUGUACAAAAAUUGGAGUUCUUAGAAGAUAGGCAACCAACUAAAGAUCAAAUCGAAGAUGUUGCAUCAUUAUUAAAGAAGUACAUAAAGACCAAUGAAGACAUAAAAUCUUUGGACUACAAAAGUAAUGACUCGGCCACAAUGGCUAGUGGUGAUGCUUAAUCUUAUGGCUACAUAAGGAUCCUAAUUUAAUAUCAUCCUACUAAUAAUGAAAUAACAGCAAAGCCUGGACAAUAUGUACUAACAUUGAAAUAUUCUGUAAAGUGUCUGAUUGAGAAAAUAUGUAAUAAGAAUGCAAAUGCAAGCUCUAAGAAGGACCAUGAAACAGAAAAAGCUCAAACGGACAAAAGCAUUAGAGUACCACCAAGAAUGGUCACUGUUGAUUUAGUGCUUGAGCAAGAAUACUCAUGACUUCAUUAUGUUAACAGAAUAUGUUCUCAAAAUGCAUAACAUCUGCACUGAUGAUACUCAGCACUGUCCAGACCCAUUAUCUAAUAUCAGCUAGGGUUGGAAGUAAACUGUGCACUACUUUCAAAAAUAAUCUCAACCUGUCUGACUAUAAUAACUUCCUUUACUCAGCUGUCUCCCAUAUUUUCUGUGUACAUUGGCUAGCUAAACCCAUGAUGAAUUGUUUUGGUCACAAUACUUCACCUGCCUUUGCUACUCUGACUGGAUAUCCAUUUGUUCUGUGUCCUUAACUUCACCUAUAAGUUCUGCACCAACUUGUCAUUGAUUUCAUUUCUAGGGUGAUUUCAGCAGCCUUUCUCAUACUCUUUUUCCUUCCGGCCAACACUAUUAGCUGGACAAUAGGAUUCAUCAGUUCUCUUUAUAUUAUGUGGCAGCAGGCUUUUACUACUUAAAACUUCUCCAACAAUAUAACUGGACAACAGAGUGCUUGGAUAAAGAAAGCUUAUUGCACUACUCUGGCACUGGGUAAAUGUGAUAUUGAAAGGGCCAAAGAUAUCUUGAAAAAACUGAAAGAAAUGACAAAGGUGCCUCCAAAAUUCGAUGAUUCUGAUAUGGAACUGUUGCU